AUGUUGUCCCUCCACCCUCAAGACUUCAACUCCAACCCAUGCUACCUACCCUACCGGUCUUUCGCCGGCCCAGCAAUCACCGCAGACCACUCAACCUUUGUGCCAUUCACCAUGGGUGGCGCCGUACAACCCCCGACACCACAGCAGGAGGACCACAUGGACAUGGACGGCCCCGCUGAACCCCUCAGCCCGCGCACAUCCCCUGCCCACACAUCAUCUCAGCAGCAGCAGCAGCGUUCAGCCUCGCCACGAACGUCACCCGCGGUGCUGCCUCCCUCUGACUUUGGCAACCUGGACCCCAACACGGUGGCCGAGGCGCUGGAGAUCGCGCGCGACAGCCCGGAUGGGGCGCGGGAUCCCGUGGUCAGCGGCAUCCUCGAGUCGGCGCUUACACAGCUGUGGGACCGCGUCACGGCGCAACCCGAGAGCUAUGUCAUGUCGACAGGCGAGUUCGCCGUCUUCAACUUCUACCAGCACCGGUUUGUGGGCAACAAGCUGGCCGUUGCCGCGAGGAGAAGGUUCUGGGACAACACGCACGCAUGA